AUGACUUGUUGUGAUAAAGGAGAAAACCCAAUUUUAUGCGCAAGGGGUUGUGGUUUCUAUGGAAACACAAGCACUUACAACCUUUGUUCUCAAUGCUACAAAAAAUUCUUGAAAGAAAAAGCCGCGAAGGAUGCAUUUGCUUUAUCUGAAAAGAUAUCUUCUCUUACUAUUAAAACUGAUCAAAAAGAUAAGUCACAAAGGUGCAUGGUUUGCAAGAAGAACGUGGGAUUAAUAGGGUUCAGUUGUAAGUGUGGUGAAAUAUAUUGCAGGAGUCACAGAUAUCCGGAGGAACAUGCAUGCACCUUUGAUUUCAAGUCUAUAGGCCGUGCAAUUUUGGCUAAAGAAAAUCCUCUCUGCAAGGCUGAUAAACUUGAGAAUAGGAUCUAA